AUGCCUUCCCAGCCGCCCACGAUCAGGGAGUCGGACGCGCGACUGUCGACGAAUGGAGAGACGGAUCUGCUAAGAGGCUUGCUGGGACAUGAGCUGCGGGUGGAGAUUAUCGAUGGCCGAAUCUUCGAGGGGGUCUUUGUCUGUCUUGAUAAGCCUGUCAACCUCGUUCUUGACCACGCCCUCGAAUCUCUCUCUGAUGACCCUCACGCCGCAAGGGAUGUCGGACUCAUCCUCAUUCCGAUUCGCCAUAUCAUCCGCGUCCAGGCUCCUUCAAAGUCUCUCACCGACCCAUUGCUUCCUCCCAUCAUCCAACCGAUCUCGGUAAGUCACUCCUUCUGCUUUUAG